UCAAAAUAGGCUGAUAAACACAUUGUUUAGUCAUAAUCUUUUUGACAUCUGAAUAAAACAUUUAAAAUCUACAUUUCAUAUACAGUAGAUAUUUCCAUUGUUUUCUGUAUAUGCACUGUAGACCCUAGAGUACUAACCAACCACUUAAAUGGUGAUAGCUGGCUUGUAUUAGUUAUUUAACUGAGUUCAUAUCGCUAUCAUCCAAAGUGAGGAAGACUAUCACAACUGGAAUUGAAUGUUAGGUACGUUAAAGGUACUAUCCCAAAUUGGAGUUUGGGCAUCCUAACAUUGGUUACACAUUGACUUUUAACAGAAACAUCAUCAGAUUUUUAAAAAUAAACAAGAGCUCAAAACCUCAGAUGCACAUUACUCCCACAAAACAACUUCAGAACAGUAUAAUGUAUUAUAAUUCAUCGAUGAUGCUUCUGUUGAUUUUUUUUCUUUCCUACCACCUUGAAAAAGUGUCAAUCCAUCUUUGAGAUAAUUAGUCAAUAUUAGAACAGUGUUCUAGUUGAAUAUUUAAUACUCAUCACAUUUUCAAAUUCUUUAGACAUAAAUAGUUUGAGGAGCUAAGGCCAACUCAUUUUGUUCUUCAAAAAGACAAGCAAAUAUUUAUAGUCCUACUUGGUAUAACAGAGCUCAUUAACAUUUAUAUAUAAUACACACACAUGUGCGUGCAUGCUGGGUAGCAGCACAGCUCUGCUGCUAGAUACAGAUUCUAUAUAUAUAGAGAGAGAGAGAAAGAGAGAGAGAGAGAGAGAGAGAGAGAUGGAGAGAUCUAUAGAUAUAGGUAUAUCUGAUGGCAGAGCUGUACUGUUACCCAUUGCAUCCACAGGUGGUGGAUAGUGGAAUGACCUUCAGGGAAGGUUAGCAGCAGCACCACCAGGAGGUGGUGGGGACAGCAGAUGGUAAUGCUCUCCCUCCUGAAAAGGCGCAUAUAUCCACUGAUGGUACUGUGACAUAGUGAGUACAGGUCGCCACUAUAACAAGCCUGUACAACCCCGAGGUCUACAAGUCCUCAACAGCAGAGGGGAUGGAAGAAGAAGUUAGAAUCUCAAUGGCUGCAAAGACAGAUAAAGGCUACAGUGGAAUGCAGUCUCCAAUCAUCUAGGCCUCUUUGCCAUUGGAUCAAGGUUACAUUUUGUCAAGAACCAUGUUGAAGCUGAUGUGCUGCAGCCUCUCUACAAUAAAAGAAAUCAUGCAUGAAUCAAGCAACUGUUCCAUGAAAACAUCUUUAGCAUACUGUGAAGAAGCGAGAGAAAGUAAACAGAGCCCCCAGGGUGCUUUACAUACCGGGCAGCUGAGACAAAGGGAGAAAAAGCAGCCGACAGUGACAGAGAGGGAAAAUGAAAGUAAACAGAGCUUACAGUGUAAGUAGCCAGCGAGGCUGCAGCUGGAGACCAGAGGGGAAAAAAGGGAAUCACAGCAACACUUCCAAAGCAGCCUCUCACUCUGGUUUGGAGGAGGGAAGCAGCCAGAAGGUAUUUCUGGCCCCGGAGAGAGACAGAGAAGGUUGAUUCCCUGCAAGCUUCUGAGAGGAGUGGCUGAGCGUUCCUGCAAGCAGAGCAAGUUUUGUCCAAGACACCACAGACUUGCUACGGAAACUUAAAAACAUAGACCACCUUCCCAGCAACACGCUCCUAGCCACCAUGGACGUUACCAGCCUAUACACCAACAUCCCACACCAGGAGGGCAUCCAUGCCUGCCUUUCAUAUCUACAGGAACAACAUUACCACCCAGAAUACAGACCCAAAGAUAUCACUGAGCUUAUAGACUUCAUCUCACACACAACAAUUUCACUUUUAAUAAUCAACACUUCCUCCAGAUGAUGGGAACAGCUAUGGGCACUAAAAUGGCCCCACAGUAUGCCAACCUUUUUAUGAGCCACCUGGAAGAAGACUUCCUCAAGAACUGCAUCAUCAAACCCUUGCUGUACUUACGAUAUAUCGAUGACAUCUUCAUCAUUUGGAGUGAUAACCUGGAAUCUCUAAUUGAGUUCCACCAGAAAUUCAAUAGUCACCAUCCCUCCAUCCGACUUUCUUUAGAAUACUCCAACACCAACAUCCCCUUUUUAGACACAAUGAUCAGUAUCCAGAAGGGUAAAAUACAGACCACAGUAUACAAGAAACCAACAGACCAACAUACAUAUCUGCACAGAACCAGCAAUCACCCGAAACACACCAAAAAAGCUGUGAUGUACAGCCAAGCCCUCAGAUACCACCGCAUCUGUACUGAAGAGAACACCCGGGAUUGCCACCUCACCAAUCUUAAAAAGGCUUUCACCCAGCAAGGACACUCCUCCAGAGAGGUAGAUCGCACGUUUGAAAGAGCCACCUGGAUACCAUGUGAAGAACUGCUGCAGUACAGAAGAAAAACACCCACAAGUCGCACACCGCUGGUUAUGACCUAUCACCCAUCCCUUGAACCUGUACGGAAAAUCCUCAAAAAAUUGCAACCCAUAUUAGAAAAAGACCCUAUUCUUAAAAAGAUCUUCCCAGAGCCACCCAUCCUAGCCUUCAGACAAGCACCGAACCUCGCCAACCUCAUCACCAGAAGCAAACUUCCUCAACCCCAGAACACACCAAAAGGAUCCAGACCGUGCCAUGACAAGAGAUGCAAAACCUGCCCCCACAUCUCCACCACCCCCACUAUUACAUUACCCCACAACAGAGCCAUCAGCAUCCCAGGAUCUUACAGCUGCACCUCCAGGAAUGUGAUAUACCUCAUCCAAUGCACCAGAUGCCCUGAUGGAAGAUAUGUAGGAGAGACCAGACAACAACUGCGCACCAGAAUGAAUGCACACCGGAAAUCCAUCAAAGACAGAAACACCCAAUUACCGGUGGGGGCACAUUUCUCACAGGAGGGCCACUCUCUCUCCAAUCUCUCAGUCCUGAUCCUCAAGGGAAAUUUACACAACACAUCCCAGAGACGAGCCUAUGAGCUCCAUUUCAUCAACCUGCUGGAUACUAGAGAUCAGGGACUAAACACAGACAUUGGAUUUUUGAUACAUUACAGUCUGCCUGGCAACUGACUCCCCAGCCCAGCCCAGCCCAGCCCAGCCCCUGGCUUCUUUACUUUUCAUUCCAUCCAGGAAGAGCACGCAGCAACUGCUGCAGCUUCCUUAGCCUGACGAAGGGUUUUUGAACCCGAAAGCUUGCUUAAUAACUAUUCUCCAACCAUUUAGGUUGGUCUAAUAAAAGAUAUCAAAUUCACCCAAGGAACCUUGUCAGGAUAUACUUAUUAUUUUAAGAACUGUUUGAUGAAGCCCUGAAUUGCCUAAUGUUUGACUGUGCUGUGGUUUAACAAGUACCUAAUUGUGAUGUAACUUCUUUUAAUUGUUGUACCCUCCAUACACAAUAGGAAUGUACAAAGUUCUGAAACAUUUGUAAAAAUAAUCAUAACAAUACUUUCAGAUGUUUUUACAAGGCUCAUCAUCACUAUCAUAUCUUAGCACUGUUACAGCAACCCUCGCUGAUAAACUCAAGAAGAGUACUAAUAAGUCACAGAAGGGUCUCACCUAUUGCUUGUACUUUUCUGAUAUAACCCAAUGGAAGGGUUGCAACUCACAAUUGCUCUCAAAUAAGACCUUAAGUGAAGGAAAAACAGUUCAAUCUCAGAGGCCCUCCAAACCCAAGAAUGUUUUAAAUUAGCAACAGUAAGCUGUCCCUCAAGAGAUCCAUCUAUUCCUAGCAUCUGCUGAAGUAGGUUGUUGUCUGUGGAGGCUCAGCCUUUUUGAAUCAGUUAGUCUUGAAAGUGCCACCUAGCCUUACUUCUGCUUUAAGAGGGAUCAACAUUACUCUUUUUUCAGGUUGUCAGAAGUGCUGGAAAAGAUGUUUGCUUCAAACUAAAGAAGAUUUUUUUUUCAUAUUUUUCAGCAAACCAAACUGUCAAAAAUGGUUUGUAUCACAUUAAACAUUUUGUUACCUUCUGAGCUCUUUUAAAACAUUUUAAAGUGAUUUUCAAAAAAAAGAGGAGGUUUGGUCACAAAGUUAAAAUGUUGUUUUCCUGUUGCACACUGUACACUCUAAACUGAAUGAUCCUGAAAGUUAUGGAAAGAUGGGCUCAAACAAGUGUUGGUCUUGUUGAUUUUAAUCUGCCCAAGCACUCAAACAGUUGGAUGUUUGUAAAUCUCAUUAGAAACACUUAAGGCUCCACAAAUCAGUGUGAAAAUAUCAUAGGAACAAAUGUUUGGGGGCAUCUAUUUAUUGGUUCUGUUCAACAAAGUGCUUCCAAAAGAGUUUUUCUUUUGCUAAUUCUGUGUCUGAUGUGAAGAAUCAGGCAUGUGUAUAUUUGUGCUUUUUCUAAAUAGACCAUACAUUUCUGAACCUGGUAAAAGUUUGGUCUGGUAUUAGUGUGGAUGAAUGUUUGCUUCUCUUAUCAAAUUGUUUAUCCUUAACAGAAACCCCAUGGCGAGUUCUUAGUUGUAGUGCCAAUGAUGCUAUCCCAUCUGGAGACAGAUAGAUACAGAGAUGAUCAAUUCAAUGAUAACCCUCAGCACAUCUGUUUAUUAACUAUGUCUCCAGAAACAGCUCUGAGAAAAUAAAACAAAAAGCCAGACCCUCAGGUGAUUUUAAAUUAUUUUAUAUCUAUUCUUUCCAGUAGGACUACACCAAUAUAUAUCAGCCUAAGUUUUAGUCUAAACCAUAUAGAUUGCUAUUUCUUCCCUUUCUGUUUGGGAAUUAUGAUUUUUAUUGUUAGUGUAACUUAGGAUAUAGUGGCAUGUCAUGUAAUAGAGCUCAAGAAAAAAAAAACCCAGACCAACAACCCAACAUUCAAGCAGGAACACAGCUGUUUCUUUCUUUGCCUCAUGUAAACUAUAUGCUAUCUUUGGUUUUCCAUUUUGUGGAUGGUUGUAAGUCAGUAAGAAGAGAAUUGUAAUGCAAUAUUCAAAAUAGAAACCCAAAUAUAUUUCCCCAAUCUCCUUUUCUGCAUUCCCUGGAUAUAAUGCAAGAAUAUUGUACAGAUCUAAGGCUGGGUCAUAUGUGCACAGUAAGCUGCUGUACUGUUCUGUGUGGUAACCAGAAAAUAGAUAAGUACAUCUAUAUAUAUAACACACUAUCCUUUCAGUUUACUCCCAUUACCAGAUACCAGCAAAGGUAAAAGGCAAGCAGAGUUGUAUGAGCAUGUUUGCUACUGACACAUUAUCUAUCCCAGUUUGUUUGGUAAUUCCCCAGUUCAAUAUUGAAACAAAAAUGGGUUUCUGGAAUGGAACAUGGUUUACUUGAGCCAAAUAUGCAGCCAGUUGGUCCUGUUCUAGGUAAUCAGCAUAGUACAGCUACCUGAACUAUGAAAAUACACGUGUAAAGCAGUACACAUUAAAUAAACUCCUGAAGGUAAUAACUGAAGACUUUUUUUUUUCCCAAACACUAGAUCCUAAGCAUUUACUAACUGUGUCCUGUAUGUACUAUUCACCUUCAGUGAACUAUUCAAUUAAUAAAAACCUACUAAGGCAG